CCCGCAUAAUACAAAAAUAGAAAUUAAACAAUCGAUCAAACGUAUUCCAUGGAAACAAAUAACUGAAAUCAACGCAUUUGAUAAUCCGUCGACAAACCUAUCAAACAUGAAUAUUACGCGGUCUGAUCCAAAAUGUAACAGUGAUUCGAGCGAUGACGAUGAUAUAUACACGGAAUUAAAUAAAAAAUUAAGCACGAUUUACAGUUGCGAAAGUAUCGAAAUAAGCGAAAAAAUUAAGAGGAACAAAUCCAAAUGCGAUAACUUUUCGAGCGAUGAUGACGUUUGCAGGGAACUGGAUGAAAAAUUGAGCACGAUUUUCAGCGGCGAAAGUUCGGAGAAGACUGAAAAGACCGGAACACCACACGUAAAUUCGGAUGAUGAUCUGGCGGCCACCGAAAGCGACUACGACGACGAAAUCUUCGAGGACUACGACGAGGAGGAGGAGGAAGUGGACGAAUAUGAGAGUGACAUGAGCCUGAUAUUUGGCUUAAAUAGAGGUGUUGGACAAGUACACGUGGACCAAACGAAGACCUUCACCCAAAAACAAUUGCAAGAUAUAGAACGAAAAAAUGCUAUACUUAUGCAAAAAAUUCUGAAGAACAAUCGCAGGAAGAAUAAUUAUACGGUGCCUCCUAAAUAUGCCGAAACGAAAAAAGUCGCAUCUGCCACUAUUAAUCGGCGCAAACAACAAGAGAUUAUUAAUAAAAAUAACAUGAUACUGUUGAAAAAGUUACAGUCGGUAAAACCCGCUGUGAACAACCGUCCGAAAAAAUAAUUAGCGUCAUACGCAUCGAAAGUCUAGUGAUAAAAUUGUCUGUCCCGUUAUUUAUAAAUCGUAUAUCAUUGGUAUUGUAUACACAGUUUUUAAUCUGCGGCAUGCAUUUAUUUUAUUGGGUGCAAUUGAAUUAUGUUAAGGUCAGUGCAAGACCGAGAGUUUAAAAUGCGCGGUCUCUAAAAUGUGGAUACUACUGAUAUUAUAUAUUCUAGAUCAAUUGUUUGCAUUAUAUAUUUUUAUACAAUUUUUAUAUAAAUGGCGUUCAAAUAAAUUUAUUUUAUUAUAAA